AUGGCUACAAAUGGCUCAGAUCCAUUCCGAUAUCACCCCACAUUUACUUUGCCAUCUGGGUCCAUAGUCCACACAUGGUUAUGCGAUUCUCCCCGGGCUAUCAUUGUACUACAGCAUGGAUUCGGAGAAUACGCUGAACGUUACGUCAAGUCUCAUGCCGAGCUUAUACCAACACUGAACAUCAAUGGAUUUGAAGUUUGGGCAAUGGAUCUGUGGGGCCAUGGGAGAUCUCCUGGUACCCGAGGCAUGGUCAAUGUGCGAUUGGCAGUGAAGGACCACCUCCAGGUGCGGCUUCGAGCUGCUGAAAAAGGCUUUCGCGUGUUCCUCAUGGGACAUUCGCUCGGAGGUCUCAUCACAGCUGUAAGUGUCGCCAAAAACUCUUCCUCGGCCAGCGAUGGAGUUAUCCUCUGCAGUCCAGCGUUGCCUGCAACAAUGAUGGCGUUGGGAGAACACGCUAUAAGCCUGGUUGCACGUCUUGCACCGACCAUCCGCAUCCCAAUUCCCAAGUCACCACUUGAGGAAUUGAGCCAUGAUACUCAUUGUGUACGUCAAGCGUCACAAGACAGUUCCAUGUACAAAGGACAGAUCUCUUUCCUGGUCGCAGCAACAGCACUGCACGAAGCAAGACAGAUGUGGCCCAUUUUGCGUCAUUGGACAAAGCCUACGUUGAUCAUGCAUGGGACGAGCGACUCUUACACUAAGCAUGAACAGAGCGAGCACUUUGUACGAGAGAUAGCGUCCGAGGAUAAGACGCUGCACUUGAUCAAAGAGGGGUAUCAUGAGCUUCUUAACGAUGCCGACUAUGAGAGUACGCUACAAACAGUCCUCGGCUGGUUGGAAUCUCAACUGUGUUAG